AUGCAGCCUUCGCAGGAGAACCAAAGCAACCAGCCUGAUCGGCCAGGUACUCCGCCGCGCCCGCCUUACUCGCCCGUGACUCCUGUCUUUGCCCAUCUUGUGCCUGUCACGAACGCCGCCGCGGGGAACGGUGCUCCUCACCCUAUUGUUCCUCCUGCUGCGUCGCCCUCGCCAACCACAAGAGUACCCCCUUAUGGUUCAUCGGCGGACUUUACCCCGCCGGCUGCAGCCCCCGUGUUCGCGCCCGAGCCGGCCGCCGUCCCGAUCUCGGAGAGCGAGAACCCAGAUGCCAUUGCUCUGCGAUCCGCGAUCUCUAUCCUUCAGCUCCAGAAGCAGCAAAGCAUGCGGGAUAUCCAGACGCUAGAAAAGUUCAAGAAGGCCGCGGCAGAGGAUCCAGAAGGGUUCGCCCGCGAACUGGCAGCGGGAAAUCUGUCGGCGAAGGAUACAGGGGCUUUCAUCAACUUCACUCAUGACAAAGACUCGGAGGAUGAGGAUGUAGAGAGUCCGAAGAGAGGCGUUUAUGCUGGGCUGGGGACCCUGCCCACGCCGCAGAAUGUUGUCCGCAUGCCUCCCAUCAACUGGAACAAGUACCAGAUCGUGGGCGAACCGUUGGAUAAGAUGCACGAGGAGCAGCGGAGGCGGCCAUCUUCUGGCGAAUCCAGACGCGACGAUAGUGCUCAACGAGCACCAGAGCAUGUGUUAGCUUCGCCGUAUCGACCUCUAGUAGACAAGCUAGAGAGUCCGGGAAAGGCCAAGGGCACCAACAGAAACAAGAAGACUUGA